AUGGAUGACCGAAUUCCAGUUUUAUCAGCCGAGAACACAUCCAGAGCCAAGAAAUUAGGCACAGUGCCACAUUUUAGCAUUCACCUUUUAAUAUCGACAGCCAUUUCUAUAACUGGAAUUGUUUUAGCAGCACUUUGGCCUGAUUAUAAAAGAUGUGAGGCGUAUUUUAUUAUGUUAUAUUUACGAGCUGGAUUUUAUGUGAUCACUGUUAUCUUCGACUAUCUUGUAAAAUCUCAUCAUAAACAGUUACGACUGAAUGGUUAUCAUGAUUUUUUGAGAGAUAUGGGAGAACAUCAUACAGUUCCUUUGAGAAUUGUAAACUUGUGGAAUAGCACAAUUUUAGCCGUCGCAGCUGGUUUACAUCAUUAUUAUGGAGAAGAUUUUAUGGCUAAAUGUCUUGCAACCAUCGUCUAUACUCCGUUAUUUUAUUUAACAGCUUUUAAUGUUACCGAAAGUUUAAUUUUCUACUUUGUUCAUGGAAGCUACAUUGCUCGUGUUGUAAAGUUCAAUAACUUGCAGCUCAGUCCUGAUGCAAUGCGUGGAUCCUCUAGUUCUACUGUUGGAUCUUUGGGACUCGUACAUAGCCAAAGUGAAGUCACCGAUCUUCUCGAAAAGCAAAGUGAUCUCAUCGAAUACCUCCGUGAUCAUUGCAAUCGCUUAAAUCAAAAGUUACAGCAAAUGUCCAAUCAACUUCGUACAGUUACGAUUUCUUCACCUCAUCCAGCAAUAUAG